UCCGGAACGGAAUUAUGGGGUCCGGAAAAUCGUGAAAAUCCACUUUUUGCAAAUUUCUCUCGUUGGAGCGUUGCGGCGCAGCGGCGCACUGUCGUUUCGUCUGCGCUCUCCACCGCCAACUGUGUACUCUCGUCGAAGUGGGACAUUAACGACAACGCUCCGGAAUGUCCGGAACAGAUGACGUUUUACGUCGCGGAAAAUUUGCCGCCGUACAGUGUUGUCGGUGUGCUGAAUGGCUUGGAUCGGGACGCCGGCCUAAACGGUACUGUGUUCUACGACGCGCAGAUGCAGAUGCAGAUCAAUGAGGAUGCCACCAGCAGAUCAGCGAUCGGAUCAAUCAGAAGUGAUCAUCAAUCCGCGAGCAGCAAAUUUGAAAUCGACCGCAACACGGGGGUGAUUCGAACACGGGUUUGGCUCGACAGAGAGCUGCAAGCCUCGUACAAAUGGCGUGUUCGAUUAACCGAUGGCGGAGGUCUAGAGCGAGAGUGUCUAGUGACCAUUCGGGUGGAGGACCGAAACGAUCAAGCACCUGAAUUCAGCGAAAGAUUCUAUCAUUUCGAAGUCAGCGACCUGAGAAAGCAUGAGAUUGGCCAUUUGGUAGCAAGGGAUGGGGACGAUUUGGCCUCGGGCAAUGGCCAAGUGCGAUAUUAUUUGCACGAAUCAGCUACUACCCUCUCAAGGCGAUCUCAAACCCGACAUUUCAAGGUUAACCCAGUGACUGGUGAAUUGCGGCAUGACGGUCGUCUCCAGUACGGCCAAAUCUAUAAUUUGAGUGUGCUGGCUCGAGACCAGCCCAAAAAUCCUGCCGAGAAGCCGCUCUCCUCGCAAAUUUCCUUAGUAUUCGUCAAUGUUUCCGGAACUCAUCAGGAAUUAUUCACUUCCCAGAUGUGUACUCCCGUAUUCGUGUCAUUUCCCGACAAACCACUCAAAAUCCGAGAGUCAUGGCCCAUCGGGGCAGUGCUAGCCUCAGUCCAGGCCACACUUCCCUCAACCUGCCCGGAAUCCUUCAGGAGGAAUGGUGAUACGAUGAUCCGCUAUUCCUUGUCAGUAGUUGUUGACGAGGCUCACCAAAGCCAAGGAGGUCUUGAAGGAGGUCCGGGAGGUCGUCAGACCCCCAGUAACCCCCGGAAACCCGGAAACUCGCUGGAAAACAUCAGGCAGAAGAGCAGCAGAGGUGAGGCUAGAAUCGCAGAAGGGGGGUUGUUUUGGAUCGAUGCAGAAGACGGCGAUAUCCGGCUGGUUGGCCGGCUUCAAGCGCAUCGUUCCCAGAAGUAUCUAAUUAAAGUUAUGGUCCAAGUGGUCACUGCUGCUGGUGGCAAUUUAGUGGGUGGAAACGCAUCAAUUUUAGUGGAACUCAACGUGGAGGAUGUCAACGAUCACGCGCCAGUGAUAGAAACUGAGCAAAUUCACAUUAAGGAAAACAAUGAGCCUGGGCAAGUUUGUGGCCUGAUUCGGGUACGAGAUGACGACUUGGGCGAAAAUGGGCGCGUACAACUGCGGAUUCUACAUCAGCUACCUGAGACUAGUGGUCAUUUC